AUGGUAAUAACGAUGCGCUACGUGCUGUGUAUCCUCGCUCUCCUGCUCUCAUGUGCGUGUGUGCACGUCCUCGCUGAAGAAGUGCCUGCCGCCGAUCUUUCCGACCAAGUCCCUGAUACGGAGAGUGAGACAAAGAUUCUUCUUCAAGGUACUCCUGUCAAUUGCACUGAAGCUACUACUGAUUGUACUGGUGGUGGUGUACCUGACGCAGCUCUUAAGGAUUGUGUGAAACCUCCUUCCGACAAGGAUGGUUGCCCUACCGAUGAUGAUAACACUCAAGAGAAUUGCGCUUCUGGUGGGUCUGGUUGUAAAAACCAAACACAAGACGAGAAUCAUGCUAAACAAAAUGAAAAUCGUGUAACUAGUGGUAGCGAACAUCUAGGUCCUUCAAUUGCAAGUCAUCCUGUAACUGACAAGGGACCUAAUACUGAUGAAAGACAAGAGGAUCGUGCCAACCCAACUGUUGCUGUUGUUCGUCCUGCUGAACCAGAGACUCGGGAUACUCGAAGUGUAAACGGUUCACAAGAUGCUGGUUCUUCUCCUUCAGGGGUUACUGGAGGUGCUCCUGCCGCUAACGGUCAAACUGGAAGCAAUGUGGUCAGUGCAACCGAAGAAGGUGGAUCUAAACAGGGAGAUGAAACAGUACAACCUUCUCCUUCUCCUUCCAACAAUUCGGCCACAGGGAGUGAUGUUGGUUCUGAUGCUGCAACACCUGAGAAUGGCACUUCAUCUGCAGAGAGUGAAUCAUCAAAUAAACAAGAAGGAAAUGUGGGAAAUACAGAUACGACGACGACCACAACAACAACAACAACCACAACACUUCCUCCUGAACUCACAAACAACAAGAAGGGUGAUGCAGACAGCAGCAGCAGUAUCCGCAGUUCUGUGUGGGUGCGUGUACCACUACUGAUUGUGGUUACACUGUCCUGUAUUCUUGUGGGCUGA